UUGCCAUGAUUAUUUAUAUACGUAAAAAGAAAAUGAGAGAGAAGGGGAAGAUACCAAGCUUCAAACUGUCAAGAGUCAUAAUGAUGCAAGCAUUGUUCCCCCGAACAAAAAAGCAUCACUGGAUGAAGACAUCAAGUGGAACACUUUUAGUUUAUAAAGUCUAGCAUCACUUCUUUCAUGACAACGCAAUUUAUUCUCUGCCAUCCUGAUCCAGACAGAACUAUUCGAGAGAAAGUGACUGGACCUGGAUAAAGCUUCAGAAAUCCAUUCCAUAUUCUUCAAUAUUGGGAUCCAGAACUGAAAGAAGCAGAAAGUUUUAUAGAGCAGCAAAGCCAACAAAGCAUAAUGAAAACCAGUGAAGGAAAUGAUGGGAGAACAGCAGACCUCAAUCCGGGAGAACGGCUGAACUUAUAUCUAGCAACAAAUCAACCCUCAACCUUCGGAGACCCCGAUCCACAAUCAGGCAGAAUACCUAACAAAGUUUUUUCGUGUAAUUACUGCAGGCGGAAGUUUUACAGUUCACAGGCACUGGGAGGCCACCAAAACGCCCACAAGAGGGAAAGGGGUGCAAUGAGAAGCUAUCAAUCUCAGUUCAUGGUGGCUUUCCCGGUCAAUACUUCCAUGAUCAGAUCACUCGGCGUGCAGGCACACUCACUUGUACACAAAACAGACGGAGAUAGAGGUACGAUGGUUGCAAAGCUUACUGAGGCUAAUAUGGGACCUCAGAUGCUGCAGUGCCGGGAAGAAACCAUGGAACUGAUGUGGCCAGGAAGUUUUCGACUUGAUCAAGCACCGCCGCAGCCCAAGACAUCUAAUCAGGAUGAGCUUGACUUGAAUCUCAAGCUCUAAAGAGCAUCUGUCAUAAAUUAGCAGCACUGUAAUCUAUCUUAUACUCAAAACCUUCUAUCUUCCUACAGUUGGAACUGUUAAUUUGAUCAAUUGCUAAGAAAACUCGAGGCAUGAGAGAUAGUUCAGCUCUCAGAGAGUUUUAUUGUGUCAUGUACCGUAAUUCUAAUAGUAGGGCAAACCCCCAUUGCCAGCUUAGCGACA